CUGCUUAAACUUACACAGAUAGCGGACAAAUGGCCAAAUGUGCUUCAGUUCAUCCAGUAUCUCCUUGAUGAUAAGUAUUAUGGCACUUUAUUCAUUGCCGAUUAUCCUGAAUUGAAUUUAUUUUUUGCCGAGUUGAAAAAGCUUGCUAUGAGUCAGAAAAUGAAAGAAGCUUCAUCAGAUACUUUAAUAUUUGACGAAGGGGUUUGGGAUCUUGACUCCAAAUUUCCGGAUGCUAAUGAUCUUUACUUGACAGUUGUCUAUAGAUUUCAUAUCCUUCAUCUUAUCGAUGAUUUGAAGGCCUGUACUACCGCCCUUCGUCAUGGCGUAUAUGAUGAUGAUGAACUGACCAACAUUGAUGUUCGUAACCUCGCCUGCUAUGCGUUGACUACCCAUCUACUAGCUAUUGUUGUCGCAGAAGUGGAUGAUCCUAGGUUUUGGCUAAAAUAUUCUGGAAUCCUAUCUCGGCUUAUUACCGAUAGGUGCCUUAACUAUAGUGACCAUCGGAAGUUACAUGAGUGCUUGGCUCCUUUUACGGAAAAGCUUAUGCGAUAUAUUGAUGUAGAUACUUACGGAAUAGAAAAGGGAAUUUUUAAAAGAAUGCGCCUCUUUAUGAGUCGUAAAUCUGAGGUUACCCCAGCAAUCAUUGCUCAUCUACGAGCUUUUGAAGCAGUGGUAAUCUUUAAAUUUUUUUUUUCAUUCAAUGUAAAUAUCAUAAAACUUCACCAUGGCAUAGUACAAUCUGAGUGCUCGUGGGAAUAA